GGAUGAACAGUAGGUGGCGGUAUGCACCUUAAAGUUGCUUGCGAUCCGCCAUAAUAGAAAAUAAGACGAAGAAGAAGAAAACGACCACUUGAAUUUGCAGUGUUGUUGAGAUAGAAGCUGUCGCGUAUAAAGCAAAUGUAAGCGUUAGUUUGGCGAUGAUGGGAUGUUUCGGUGAUGGAUACCAUCGUCGCGUUUGCUGGCAGGUCUAAUAUCUGGGAUCCGGACUUUGCAGACAGCAGGAAUUAGCCGGUUCCCUGUGGAUCCCUCCUUCCGUUCCCUCCAUUGUAAAGCUGGUUGCUGGAAGCGACAUGGACAGGAGCAGUGUUCUCUAUCAGGCAAUGCUGACUGUCGGAGCCGAUGGGAACAAUAUAAUGAAGCUGAUUCCUAUCCCGAGACGCAAUGGACAGCCUUCCCCAACCCAGGCAGCUGUUCAAAGAAGCAAGGGACAUUCCCACUUGACUCCGACGUCAUUCCCCACUCAGAUCCCUGUUAGGAGCAAUACAAUGUCCCACUCUACCCUGACACCGGUUCCGAUCAUCAAUGCCCAGUUUAUACCUACCCAGAUGCCUAUCCAAAAAAACAAUGGGCAGACUUGUCCAACUCAGACCCCUGUCCAGAUAAUCAAUGGACAUUCUCCAAUCCAGGUGGCUUUCCAACGGACCAAUGAACAGUCUGUCCAUAUAAUUGGCCCUAAGUCUUUGCCGACCCAGACCCCUUUAAGUACCAGUGGACAGCCGCGCCUGAUUGCGACUCCUAAGAAAGCCUUCAGUGUAUAUAAACCAUUGCUCCCGAAAGCCUCUCCAGAGUUUACCAGCAAACCGGUUUCUUCUGGGAACGUGUCGCCCUCUCAGAUGGACUCCUCUCAUAGAGACUCCUUACAUAAACAAAGUCCUCAGCAGCAGACUGUGAAUCCAUCAGCCAAAGUACCCCAGACUGGAUCUCCAUCAGUAGGAUGUUCCCUUGAGCCUCAAGUGACAGCGGCGUCUCCUGCCGUCCACCAGUCAGAUGUCCAUAAAAUCAUCCCUAAAGAACAAAGCCAGAAAAAUAAAUUAUCCAAUGGAAGGCCAGAUGUCAAGGAGCCAAUCUUUGCUCCUUCAGCAUGCUUCUCUGCCAGAGAGAGCUCCCCCACUGUCAUCUUUGUGUCACCUGGCAACACAAGGCACCAAGAGGUAACAAAAACGAUCGGUUCUGCCGCUGAUAGACUCAGAAACCUGGCAGAAAUUAUGAAUAAGUAUAACUCUAAUAGCAACAGUGGCAAAACCCGGGAGUUUAACUGUGGUUUGCCUCCGCAGGCCGGAGGAGGCCCAAAGUUAAAACUGAUUCCAAAGCUCUCUAAAACACCCAACAGUCCAAUUCGGUGGGUGAUAGAAGACAUAAACAGCUGCAAUGAUGGACAUGCCUCCAUAAAACCUCUUUCAUCUGAAUCCGCCUCCUCAGGAAAUCCCGCCUCUUUAAAUAAAACUGCAUCAGAACGUCCAUGGCUAACAUACGAUGGAAGGCUGUUUUAUGUAACCAAAAGGGGUGGCUCAUCUUUUGAAUCCCCUGCAGCCACACAGAGUGUUCCUUCGUCCUCGCAACAGUCAGUCAUCCUCACAACAGUCGGCAAGUCGCCUGUAACUUCAGCUGAUGAAGUGAUUGAUCUUUGUGAUGAUGACGGCUCUCCAUCCUCUUACAUGCCUGAGAAUAACCCUGGAGAUGAGGAUAAUGUAAUUUUCGUCUCUUAUGUUCCCCCCAAGUCCAAGUCUUGCUCAACAGGGAAGGAGCAGUUGGGAGUUGACGGCUCUAACAGCAGAACCAAUGUUUUACCUGCAAGAGACGGAGAACGGGUCCAGAACACGUCUGUCAGCCGGGAGGAAUGUGUUGUUAGUCCAACAGAGAAGGAUGCUUCUGAAAGUUUAACCAGUAAGAGGCUGGAGAGGAACCCAGACCAGCAGCUGGUAACCAUGGAGACAGAUGCAGAGACGGUAGACUUGGCAAAUAUCAACAAGGAAGAAAGUUCUCCAACAGUGCAGAACUCUGAACAACCCGCUCCUGAUCAGACUUCGUCAUCAGCAUCAGAACUCUGUCAAAGGUCCGACCACCAGCUUAGGAACAUAUUUGGGAUUACAGCUGAUGUGAAAAUUUGCCUUCAGAGGGUGGAUGAAGCGCCACAUUGGCGUCUCCCUGCUCAGUUUCCUCAUACUAAAUCCAGAGUUCCAGUAGAGGGUGUUGGGACGUUGAGAAUUAAUUUUAAAGAUAAAGUGGAUGUUAAAGUCCUAACUGAACUGGAACAGUGUGCAUCGAAGGAGAACUGCUGUUCUGGUUUGGAAAACUCCUUCUCACCGGAAGACGAGUCUGUGAUUGGAUAUGUGGAACCCAUAGACGAGGAUUUCACUGAUGAAAAUUACAUCCCUCAGUUACAGGACACACAUGUCCAUCCCCAAACGCAGAAAUGUGGGGACAUCAACCCAAGCACGAGGCGAGUUGGACGGACACGGAAACGCACCAUGUGUCUCUGCUGCGUACCGACUAUUCUGCAUCCUGUUAUUAAAUCCGCCACCUCUUGGGAAGAGGUGGAGAGUUGGACGUCAACAAUAGAGGGGAUGAGUAAAGGAGGAGGAAGGACGAAGGCUUCAAGGAAAGAUGGAAGGACGUCUACCGGGAUCGGCUACCCCAGCUGUAAAGUACACAAGACUUCUGCUAGCAGCGGCUCAUCCACAGACUCUAAUGGCCUGAAAAGACACGAGCAGAUCAUGAGACACAGUCAACAUCAGGCAAAGAAGCAGCAUAAAUUACCAUAACAAAGAACUGGGACAGAUAGAGGUCCUGUUUUACCUCCAAACUAAAACAAAUUAUUCAGUCCUGGUCAUUUAACUCCUUCAGUCUGUUAAAAGCUCUACUAACCAAACAAACAACUUAUUUUUUUCUUUAUAUCUGAGGUUAUAAGUCUGUCAUUGCUUUUCUAUUGGUUCUACUUGUUUAUUAAAAAUAAUGGAGCCAACAUGGCGGCACUAUAAGAAACAGCCUGUCAGCCUGCUGCAGCUCCAAUGUUUGUCCCCUGGUACCUCCUAAAGUGCGUUCUACUGUAGAUCCGUGUUCCAGUGAUAGUUUUUACUGCAGGCUACCUCUGUUGGUCUAUCAGGUUCUCUAACCUGCCUGUUCAGACAGGUCUGCUAGUUUAGAUGGAUCAGCUUCUGUACAACUCUACUUUAAACUAGAUUUGCUCAGUUAUUUUUUUCCUAACAGCUUCUGUUUUCAUGCUUAUAAACUUAUUUUUAACUACUGAAGUCCAAAUGUUUGUAUUUCAAGUUCCUGUUCUACAGUAAUGCCUAAAAGAAAAAAAUCCCUCUGUCAUCACUAUGGCUUGGAUACUUUAUUUUUAUAAAAUUAUAAAAAGA